AAUGGAGAACCCAUUGUUGUUUCGUUAUCAAAAAUUCUGUUGUUAAUUUGAUAAUAAUGUUUCGCUUCGCGAUAUUCACUUUUUUUGUUCAAUUUUAAUUAUUUAAGUAAGUUUUUAAUUAAAGAAGAAAGAUGAACGUGAUUACAGCUGUCAAGAAUUACAUAUCGAUGAUGACCGAAGACAGUGGACCCGGCAUGAAAGUACUUUUAAUGGAUAAAGAAACUACCAGUAUCGUCAGCAUGGUUUACAGCCAGUCUGAAAUUUUACAAAGAGAAAUAUAUUUAUUCGAGAGGAUCGACAUGAUAGCAAAUAGUGAAACGAUGAAACAUCUCAAAUGCAUCGUGUUUCUUCGACCGACUCGAGAAAAUAUUACGUUAUUGUCCAGGGAGCUACGAAGUCCUCGUUACGGAGUGUAUUAUAUAUAUAUGAGUAAUAUAAUCGCCAAAGCUGAUGUUAAAGUUUUAGCUGAAAACGACGAACAAGAGGUUGUCCGAGAAUUACAGGAGUUUUACGCUGAUUAUUUAGCUGUUUCGCCACAUUUAUUUUCAUUCAACAUACCAGUUUGCGUACAAGGUAACAGCUGGGAUCCUGUUCAGCUUCAACGUUGCACCCAAGGAUUAAUAGCUGUUCUAUUAUCGUUGGAAAAAGUACCUGUUAUUCGUUAUCAAGGGUUUUCCGAACUAGCACGAAGAUUAGCGGAAAGAGUUAAUGACGUAGUUCAUAAAGAAGACCGUCUUUUUAGUUUGAGAAAUGAAGUCCCUACCGUCCUACUGAUUCUAGACAGACGCGAAGAUCCUAUUACUCCUUUACUUACGCAGUGGACUUAUCAAGCAAUGGUUCACGAACUUUUUACCAUCAAUAAUAACCGAGUGGAUUUACGCCACGUUGAAGGCAUAUCGAAAGAAUUACAAGAAGUUCUAUUAUCGCCCUUACAAGAUGAAUUUUAUGCACAAAAUAUGUUUAAAAAUUACGGAGAAAUAGGCCAAACCAUUAAAGGUCUAAUGGACGAAUAUCAAGUGAAAGCAAAAAGUCACCAAAAGCUAGAAAGUAUCGGAGAUAUGAAAAAUUUCAUCGAAAAUUAUCCCCAGUUCAAGAAAAUGUCCGGUACCGUAGCAAAACACGUUACUAUUGUCGGUGAAUUAUCAAACGCCGUAGCGAAACAUCAUCUAUUAGAAGUUUCCGAAAUAGAACAACAAAUCACGUGUCAAAAUCAACACGCGCAGCAAUUACAAAAAAUCAAGACGAUAUUGUCCGCUGGUAAAAUUCGUCAUGAAGAAGCUGCCAAAUUGGUCAUGUUAUACGCAUUAAGGUACGGAACACAUCCAAAUAACCAUAUCAAUGGUUUAUUAACCAUGUUAUCUAAUGAAUUGGGAGUUUCCCAGCGUUGGAUUCAGUUGAUUCAUAAAGUUAUCGAAUAUGGUAGUAAACAAUCCCAUCUGAAUGAUAAUUUUGGCACACAAGAAGCAGUUAUACAAAUUACCAAACGGAUUUUUAAAGAUCUACAAGGCGUUGAAAAUAUUUACACUCAGCAUACUCCAUUACUGAAAGAAACGGUCGAAGAUCUUCUCAGAGGAAAGCUGAAAGAGAACAAUUUUCCAUUUCUUAAUUCAUUUGACAUUCCUAACACUAGACCGUCUGAUGUUAUAGUGUUUAUUGUUGGUGGCACUACGUACGAAGAAUCUUUAGCAAUACACCAGUUAAAUUGUACAUUCCCUAACGCUAGAAUAAUUCUGGGUGGAUCAAUGAUACAUAACUCGACUUCAUUUUUGAAAGAAGUAGAAUCGGCCAUCGUCGAUACUUCGCAAUCUAGUUCUACGAGUAGAUCUCAUAUUCUUCGUAACAUAAAGCGUUCCUAAUAUUUACGGUUUAAUCAUCGUAUUAUUUGAAUAUAUAUAUACCAUGCUGUUUUAUUCGAACAAUGUUUUAGCCUGUAGCUGUAUUUUUAUUUUUGCUUUGUUAUUUAUUGUUUUUUUCUUUUGUACGCUUAUGAAAUACAGUUUUUCUUUUGAA